AUGUGCUAUUGUCCACAGGAGAUGACAUUUUGUCAAAUGUUAGAGUUUAUAAUUGUCUUUGUAUCUGGUGAGGAAAAUAACUUGUUUUAUCUCAAAUUGAUUCGGAAACCCGGGCUUCAGAGGUCGCUGCCUCCAUCUUCAACUAAUCAUCGUGGAUACAGUGUGCAAAUUUGGAUCUAUCUUUGUGAGUUUGCAAUGGAGGGUGUGUUAAUUGACUGUGUACAGAACAGUCUGCGACAUCUAUUAUAUCGCAAUGCAAUUUUCAUGUGUGAAAGGCUUUGCUCUGAGUUUCCCUCAGAGGCAAACUUGCAAUUGUUAGCUGCAUGUUACUUGCAAAGCAAUCAAGCUUACUCAGCCUACCAUAUUUUAAAGGGAACACAAAUGCCUCAAUCCAGAUACUUGUUUGCAAUAUCAUGCUUUCAAAUGGAUCUCCUAAAUGAAGCUGAAAUGGCAUUAUGCCCUUCUAAUGAGCCAAGUGCAGAGGUACCAAAUGGUGCAGCUGGUCAUUAUCUUCUUGGGCUCAUAUAUAGAUACACAGAUAGAAUGAAAAGUGCUGCUCAUCAAUUUAACCAGGCUUUAUCACUAGAUCCUCUCUUGUGGGCUGCAUAUGAGGAAUUGUGUAAGUUAGGAGCUGCUGGAGAAGCAACAUCAGUCUUUGGGGAAUCAGCUUCUGAAUGCAUUCAGAAGCAGUACAUGAGUCAUGACGUGGGCCCCCCUGGGGAUGAUCAUAAUCUAGUUUCUGGGAGACAGCUGGCAGAGAGUGUUAGUCCAAGGCAACUGAGACUUUUACAUGGAAAUAAUGUUAAGGAUAAUUCCUUAAAUCAUAAUGGUGCUGCUUUUGCUGGAAAUGCUGCUACUCAACCCAAUAAUGGUGUUCAUGCUAACAUAUCAUUUUAUAAUACCCCUUCCCCAAUGGCCACUCAGUUGUCAGGUGUGGCCCCACCACCUAUAUGUAGAAACAUGGUUCCAAAUGGUCCAAAUUCAAGUUCUGGUGGUGCUGAUGCCUCUCCAAGGUCAACUGUCAAAUCCACCAUUCAAGCUCCUAGAAGAAAGUUUGUUGAUGAAGGGAAGCUAAGAAAGAUAUCAGGAAGAUUAUUUUCUGAUUCUGGUCCUAGAAGAAGCACUAGACUUGCUGGAGAAACUGGAUCUGUAGCAACAAUUAUAACUGGAAAUGGAACAACAACAAAUCAUCACUCUUCUAAAUAUCCUGUCACUUCUAAGAUAACCUCUGCAGCAUUUCGUGCAGUAACUGUUAGAAAAGAAAAAUCUUGGUCUUCUGAAUCUUUUAAUGAAGGGAUUAGGUCUGAGGUUGAUGACACACGUUCAAAUGCUACAACAACUUCUGGUUCAUCUCCUUCACCUGAUACUGUAUCUGUAUCUUGUGAUGCUUUAAUCAUGUCAAUGGGUAGUAGGGCUUCCAUGAGUGUAUCAAAAAUUGCAACUGGUGCUUCAGAUGUAUUGUCUCUUCUUAAAAUCCUUGGGGAAGGUUUUAGGCUUUCAUGUCUAUAUCGGUGUCAGGAUGCACUUGAUGUGUUUCUUCAACUUCCUCAUAAGCAAUAUAACACAGGCUGGGUUCUCUCUCAGGUGGGAAAAGCUCAUUUUGAAUUGGUUGAUUAUCUAGAAGCUGAGCGUGCCUUUAGCAAUGCCAGAUUGGCUUCUCCUUAUAGCUUAGAAGGAAUGGAUAUUUAUUCUACUGUUUUAUAUCACCUGAAGGAGGAUAUGAGGUUGAGUUAUUUGGCACAAGAGCUAAUAUCAACGGAUCGCUUAGCCCCUCAAUCAUGGUGUGCAAUGGGAAAUUGCUAUAGUAUGCAAAAAGACCAUGAAACCGCUCUCAAGAACUUUCAACGUGCAGUACAACUGAAUUCAAGAUUUGCAUAUGCUCACACCCUUUGUGGUCAUGAAUAUGUGGCAUUGGAGGACUUUGAGAAUGGAAUAAAAAGUUACCAAAACGCCCUUCAAGUUGAUGGAAGACAUUAUAACGCAUGGUAUGGCCUUGCAAUGAUAUAUCUUCGCCAAGAAAAAUACGAAUUCUCAGAACAUCACUUUCGAAAGGCUCUCCAAAUAAACCCCCGUUCUUCUGUCAUAAUGUCUUAUUUGGGAACCUCAUUGCAUGCCUUAAAGAGAAACGAAGAAGCAUUAGAGAUAAUGGAGAACGCGAUAAUUGCGGAUAAGAAGAACCCUCUCCCUAUGUAUCAAAAAGCUAACAUUCUUGUGAGCAUGGAAGAUUUUAAUGGUGCUUUGAAAGUUCUAGAAGAGCUUAAAGAAUACGCGCCUCGUGAAAGCAGUGUGUAUGCAUUAAUGGGAAAGAUAUAUAAACGCCGCCUUAUGUAUGACAAGGCCAUGCUUCAUUUCGGUCUUGCGUUGGAUUUAAAACCUUCCGCGACAGAUGUCGCUACUAUUAAGGCUGCCAUCGAGAAAUUACAUGUACCGGAUGAGUUAGAAGAUAAUUUAUAGAGGUGUCAUUCAAAUGCAAGUGCAAGUCAAGACCAUUUGUAAAAUUUAUGCGACAAGGACCUUUCACGCCAAGUGGCACUCACAAGGAAUUAUGGAGUCCGUUUCUGGACGAAAAUGCCCUCGUUCUUUAGAUGUUAGAUAAAUUGUAAUGACAGAGGAUAUAUAUAUGUUAGUGGUGACGGUUUAUAGUUUGAUUAUAUGUAUGUACCGGUUUAGUUGAAACCGCCAACAAAAGGUAUGUACCUUUAUCUUAUUGAGUGUCUGGACAAGCUUUUUAGGGUUAUUUUUUAAUACUGGGGAUAAGAAGGGCAUUCACGUUUUUUGCGCUGAUAAAACAUUAAAAUUUUGUCUUGAAGCGAACAAUGUGUCUGGUUAUCUUUUAUCUGUUCAAUCUACUCAUGC